AUGGCGAGCCCCCCGCCCAAGGACAAAAAGUCGAAGCCGGACCCCAAGCGGGCCGAGCAGGAGUCCACGAAACCGGCGGCGAAGCAAGUCAGCCUGAAGACCGUGGUGACGGGAGGGGCCGGCCACUUUGGGUUCACCCUCAGCUGCACGCUCGCCAAAGUGGGGACAGACGUGGUCAUCUAUGAUAUCCAGAAGCCCCUGUGGCCGAUCCCGAAGGGCGUCGAGCUUCGGCAGGGGGAUAUCAGAAGCCGCAAUGACUUCUACGCGGCUUGCGAGGGGGCGGAUUGCGUGGUCCACGCAGCUGCAUACGGGAUGUCGGGGGUAGAGCAAUUACGCUGGAGAGAAAUUCAGUCCGUUAACGUCCGAGGCACCGGAAUAGUCAUCGAAGUCUGCAAGCAACGCAACGUCCCCCGGCUGAUCUACACCAGCUCCGUCAACGUGGUCUUUGCGGGGCAGACGGUUUUAGAUGGCGACGAGGAGAGCGUGCCGUAUUUUCCCCUGGACGAGCACAUCAACGAAUAUUCCAGGACCAAAUCGAUUGCCGAGCAGAUGGUUUUAGCGGCAAACGGAUCACCCCUGGCAGGUGGCGGCAAGCUGUAUACCUGUGCCCUGCGGGCCCCUGGCAUCUACGGGCCGGAAGAACAAAGACACAUGCCCAGAUUGGCGUUGAAUAUCGAAUGGGGGCUGUUUAACUUCCGAGUCGGGGGUUCGGACACGGUCAUGAACUGGGUCCACGUCGAGAAUCUCGUCCAGGCCCAUAUCCUCGCGGCGGAAGCUCUGACUCCCGAGAAGAACUAUAUAGCGGCUGGCCAGGCGUAUUUUAUCAACGACGGCGAGAAAGUGAACCUCUAUGACUGGCUAUCUCCGCUAUUCGAAAAAUUAGGGGCCCGGAAGCCGUGGAUGCGCGUACCUAUGUUUUUGGUUCACCUGUCAGCGGUAUUUAUGGAGUACGUGCACAUGGUGCUAAGGCCUUUUGUAGAAAUUACCCCGCUUGUCACCCGUUACGAGGUGCAGAACAUCUCCUACACGCACACGUUCAAAACGGACAAAGCCCGCAAGCAGCUGGGCUAUGCCCCCAAGAAGUACCGGUUUGCCGACUGCGUGGAACGCUUCAUGGAAACCAGACCCCGCAGGAGGGAUUUCGUCGUCCUCAAGCUCUGCCUUUGCGUGCUCCUCUUUGUCAGCCUGCUUGCUCUGAGCGUUCGGUACCAAGAGGUGGGAGACUUUUUGAGCAAACAGUGGGCACGGUAUCGGGGGCUGGUGCAUUUUGGGAAAAAGAGAGGUGUGAGAUACCGGCAGGCCUCCUGCAAAGGAACGUGUCGAAUGAUCCUGCAGAGAGAAGUCCAGAAGAUGGCCCCAUGCCGCCGCACAGAUAAGAGACGGAACAGCCACAAUGCAAAAGAUGUCGGAGGGAACCCCCCCAUCGCCGAAGCGAGAACGGUUCUUCCAGCCCACGAAACGUCUCUCUCGACAGCUGGUCAGAAAGACCCACGAGGUGAAAAUAAAAUUGUGUCCGGAGAAGCCCGCGUGUCUGGAUUUUUUUCCUCGCCCAUCAGGGUGCCUUAG